UUUGAGUGCUGUAUUAAAUGUCUGGGCGGCGUGCCGUACGCGUCUCUGGUGGCCACCAUCUGUGCUUCUGCGGCGUGGCGCUCUUCUGCGGCUGCGGACACGUCGCUCUGACAGGAACCCUCACCAUCCUGGAGAACCACUUCUCCAAGAUCACCGCAGACCACGCCAUGCUGACCGACAUAAUCCAGCUCAUGCAGUACGUUAUAUACGGCAUCGCCUCCUUCUUCUUCCUGUACGGCAUCAUUCUGCUCGCCGAGGGGUUUUACACCACCAGCGCCGUCAAAGAGCUCCACAGCGAGUUCAAGACCACCGUCUGCGGACGCUGCAUCAGCGGCAUGUUCGUGUUCUUGACGUACAUCCUGGGAAUCGCCUGGCUCGGGGUUUUCGGCUUCUCAGCGGUUCCCGUGUUUCUUUUCUACAACAUGUGGUCAACCUGCACUGCCUUGCGCUCACCGAUGGCCAACCUGACCUCCAUCGACAGCAUCUGCGUAGAUGUGCGGCAGUACGGUAUUAUUCCAUGGAACGCAACACCAGGCAAAGCUUGCGGCUCAACGCUAGGUGAUAUUUGCAACACCAGCGAGUUCUAUCUGUCUUAUCAUCUGUAUAUCGUCGCUUGUGCCGGAGCCGGAGCGACAGUCAUUGCUCUGCUCAUCUACAUGAUGGCUACCACGUAUAACUUUGCUGUUUUGAAGUUUAAGAGUCGAGAGGACUGCUGCACUAAAUUUUAACGCAGUUGCAUGAAAGUGCCUAGAAUGAGCAGCCACUGACAAUAUGGACUAAAAUAAUAGAAGCGAGAGAACCCUUUGAUUGCUUUGACAUGUAAUGUGUAAAUAUAGGACUGUACACAGAUGUAGCGUUUGGACGCCGGUGCUGCCCGUGUCUGUAAACAUGCCUUUGCCUUCGUUUCUGCAACCACUAGAAAACAUUCAUUUGAAGCCUGACACAAAGUCUCUUUAAAUUCCUCCUACAAUGUCGUUGUCUAAAGUAUGAAAUAGCUAAAGAACAGACGCACAGCGUAACAGAGAAAAGUAUUUUUCCCAUUCAUUUUCUCAAUAGAGAUGCUGGAAAAUUAUGAUCUAUCAAUCAAACCAACCAUGUGAUUCAUGAAAUGCAAUUCAAAGCAGAAAAACUAAGAUUGAAGACAGAACAAUAGGAAAACUUGUAUUUGACGUUAAUUUAAAAAAAUUUAAGUUUUGCCCACCAGUCAAAAGUU